GCGGUUCGACCAAUGAUAGAUUCUGUAUCGCAUCCUAGGGAUGUUUGGAAUUUCUCCAACUGCGUAAGAGUAAGUCCUACCAGUUAGUCAGUAAGUCUUGGUUCUUAGUGAUGCCGUUAUUUAAAAAGUUUUACGAGGAACCGAAUCAAACAAUUAUGGACUACCCGUCUGUCAGCGGUGGGAAUAUCUUCCUUUUUUUUCCUUUGCAGACGGUUAUACGUAAUCAAAGUUUGACGUCAUGGCGCCGCGGUUUCUCCCCUGGAUCUUUGCGGUUGUGUACUCGCUACUCUCGCUUGUUUUCGUUCUCAUAAUAAUCCUUUCCGGAAUAGAUGGACAUGUGUUGGUCGAGUAUUUGACGAUUAAUACCAAAAACCUCGACAUGCCAGCAGAUGUGACCAAUUCGGAUCUUUUACGGGUCUUGACGGAAUUAACCGGCCAGAGCUUCGAUGCCUCGGGUACGAAUGCGAAGAGCUUCGGGCUUUCGGACAAGUACUACCUUAAUAUCCUGACGGCGUGUGCGCGGGACGGCUAUCAGAGCGCGACUUGCGGAGCUCCUAAGAUCGGCUUGAACUUCGAGCCUGGUACGAUAUUCACCAACGAGCUUACAACCUACCGGAAUGUCUCGAUGUUCGUCGCUAUCGGAUAUAUCGUCGCGGCGGGUUUAAGCGGCUUGUCCUUCAUCUUCACGAUCCUAUCCCGAUGUUCAUCGAGAAUAAUCGUCGCCAGUCAGUUGACCUCUGGUAUCGCUUUCCUCCUCCUACUCGCAACGGGUAUCGCCUCCGCCGUCGAAUUUACGAAGUUAAGAGACCUCUUCGAGCGUGUUCUAGGAGGAUCGGGACUUAAGACGUCAGUGAGCGCCAGGAUAUUCGGACUCACAUUCGGUGCAGCCUUUAUGACUUUAGCGGCACUACUCCUAGCUAUAUCAAUAUCAAGGAGUUCGCGACCCCUACAACGGUACGGCGACUUCAACGACCAAGGCCGUUCUCUGGGCAAUAUCGCAAACGAACCGGCGCCAGUACCACAACCAGGUUUCAUUAGGCGGAUGACGACUUGGAAUCGUCAGAAAUACAUGGAAGUCGAGAGGCAGCGGCCGAUAUUUCACAAGGACAGUCAUCAUGAUGAUGAUAGGGAGGGGCUGAUCGCGACGGUGGAGAAUGACUUUUCGCAUGAGUAUCCGAAUGAUAUCGCCAUGGGACCUAUGCAGGAUCACAAGGGUCCUAGUAGGGACCCGAGCGCUGCCUACGAUCCGUAUGCCAGCACGGAAUAUACGCCUCAGGUGGCUACGCCGUCUAAUCCAUACAGGGCUUAAUGAUAUUAUGAUACCCUUUAGCGAUCCGUUAAACCCGAUGAUAUCGG